AAAUCAUCGUCAGAUUCGAGAGACGACGACGAAGUUGUUCUCGAUUAUCAUCAGCAGCUCCCUUCAAAAACCCUAACUCUCUGAGCUCGAUCGACAAGUGAUAAUGGCUAACAGUAAUUUGCCGCGAAGAAUCAUCAAGGAAACUCAACGUCUGCUCAGUGAACCGGCUCCCGGUAUAAGUGCCUCUCCAUCUGAGGAUAAUAUGCGGUAUUUCAAUGUUAUGAUUCUUGGUCCUUCACAAUCACCUUAUGAAGGAGGAGUUUUCAAGUUGGAGCUCUUUUUGCCCGAAGAAUACCCUAUGGCAGCUCCCAAGGUCAGGUUUCUCACAAAGAUAUACCAUCCUAACAUUGACAAGCUUGGAAGAAUCUGUCUUGAUAUUCUGAAGGACAAAUGGAGCCCUGCACUACAAAUACGAACAGUGCUCUUAAGUAUUCAAGCUCUUCUAAGUGCACCAAACCCAGAUGAUCCGCUGUCUGAGAACAUUGCUAAGCACUGGAAGAGUAAUGAGGCAGAAGCUGUGGAGACAGCCAAAGAAUGGACCCGCCUUUACGCAAGUGGCGCAUAAUGGAUUGGAGGGUGAAAAGAUCUCUUUCAUCCAAAUAACAUUACAUUUGAUGAAAUCUAUCUCAACGUCAAAGUUAUAAGAAAGCUUAUAUUUUGCU